AUGGUUCUCCUUGUCAGCAUUUUGUUCUCCUUGAUAUUCUCCUGCUGCUUGGGAUAUAAAGAACCCCGAGAUCAUAAGAAUGUCCUCAAAGUGAAAAAUGGAGGACUAUCCGGAGAGUGGGGUGAAAACGAAUUGUGCCCUGAAGGUUAUGCUCGUGGAUUCUCAAUCAAGGUAGAGCCAUACCAGGGUUCUUGGCAGGACGAUACAUCUCUGAAUGGCAUUCGCCUCUACUGCACUGAUGGCAAAGUCGUUGAGUCAAAAUCUGGACCGUGGGGAAAAUGGACAGAGCCUAAGUAUUGUUGCAAAGGCAACUUAAUCUCCUUUGCUCUGAGAGUGGAAGCACCCCAAGGGCCUUUUUCUGAUGAUUCAGCAGCCAGCAAUGUCCGGUUCACCUGUGAAGGUGGACAAGUUCUGACAGGCAACUCACAUAAAUGGGGUGUUUUUGGCCCAUGGAGUGAUAGCUGUAGCUCUAGCUCCAUUUGUGGUCUUCAGACAAAGGUAGAGGACCAACAAGGUAGUGGUGAUGACACAGCACUUAAUGAUGUAAGAUUUUACUGUUGUGUCUGA